AUGAAGAGAGAAACUCAAUUUAAACAUCGCAUGCUUGAUAUGGUUGUUGGAAAAAACAAUCCUCUUAGAAGAAGAAAAAGCUUCACGGACAGAUUUCGUGACCUAAUGCCAGAAAAAGCUGUGGACGAAAACGUCUAUGGUUUGGUAGAUGCAGUGUCUAGGCAUUCUAAAGAUGUCAAUUCGCAGAUGUUGUCACCUCGGUUUCUUCCUCUUAUGCCUGAUAAAUACAGCGUAUCGAAGUGGUCUUUUUUACUUUCUGCGAAACAAAUGUGGGCAUAA